UUAACAUCACGACGGCAUCGUUUCAACCACUUUAGUUCGAUUGACUAGGCCGUGGAGGGAUUUGUCCGAUUGUUAGAAAAGUUAUACACGACCAGGAGACAAAACUAGGCACGAGAUUUUUUUUCAAUCACGGUGUUUCCGAGCAAAACCAUCAACUAAAAAACAAACCCAGAUAGAUUUGGUUCGUCGAGAUAAUGGCCGACCACGAUGAUGGGGCACCAGCUGAUGAAGAAGAAGAAGAACAACAAGUAUGGAGCUGGGGCGCAGGCACGGAUGGCCAAUUAGGGACGGCCAAGCUACAAGACGAGUAUCUCCCUCAGCUUCUCUCCCUGACGUCACUUCCUUCCAUAUCGAUGCUCGCCUGUGGCGGCGCUCACGUCAUCGCUUUGACUUCUGGUGGUAAGGUCUUCACAUGGGGAAGAGGAAGCUCUGGUCAGUUAGGAAAUGGUGACAAUCUCAGCACCUCUUUGCCGAAACCAGUAUCUUUCUUUGACGAUUAUGUUAUCACUCAAGCUGCUGCUGGAUGGAGUCAUUCUGGUUUUGUUUCAGAUUCUGGUUGUCUUUAUACAUGUGGCAAUGGCUCAUUUGGUCAGCUUGGUCAUGGUGAUAACAUGUCAUUAAGCACUCCAGCUAAAGUCUCUUACUUUCUUGAUAAGAAUGUGAAGAUGGUAGCUUGUGGUAUGCGCCAUUCACUCGUCUUGUUCACAGGGAAUCAAGUUUGUGGAUUUGGAUCUGGAAAGCGUGGACAGUUAGGUAUCUCAUCAGACAGAACAAAGUCGGUAGAUCUUCCAUGUCUUGUCUCUGGAUUAAAAGAUGUUGAGGUUGUUCGCAUAUCAGCUAAUGGAGAUCAUAGUGCAGCUAUAUCCGCUAAUGGACAAUUGUUCAGUUGGGGAAGAGGAUUCUGCAGCAGUCCCGAUGUUCAAACCCCUCAGUGUUUGCCUUCAUCUCUAUCUUUCAGAGAAGUUGCUUUAGGAUGGAAUCAUGCUUUACUACUAACCGUUGAUGGCGAGGUUUUCAAGCUUGGCAAUACCCUUGAUAAACAAUCUGAGAAGCAACAACGGCAUAUAGAUCCCUCUGAAGCUCCCUUGGCGAAAGUUCCAGAUUUUGAUGGAGUAAAAGUUCUCAAAAUUGCAGCAGGUGCAGAGCAUUCUGCUGCUGUAACAGAGAAUGGAGAAGUUAAGACAUGGGGAUGGGGUGAACAUGGUCAGCUUGGCCUUGGAAACACCAAUGAUCAGACCAAUCCUCAACCAGUGAGCCUUGGAAGUAUAUAUCUGCAAGCGAAAGAGAUGGAAGUAUAUUGCGGAAGUGGAUUUACUUAUGCUGUAAGGCGAAAACAAGAGCUUUAUUCUUCACCAAUCUCAUCAUUGAAAUGGAUGUAUGACAUCUUAUGUGUGUAAAAUUGUACAAUGCAAGGAGCCAAUUGUUUACAUGAGUCUUGUGACUCUUGUGAGAGGAACAAAGUGGUCGUAUUGGUACAAUAUACAAAUCUUUCUUACUA